GGAAGGAGGGGCUUAGCUUCGGCCGCCAUUCUAAGGCAGCCACCCCCACCCCCACCCCCACCGCAACAGCCAGCUAAGACGCUAGGAGUCUCCAGCUGCCGGCCUCAGCUGGUGCACUAGUACCGCAGUCCCAGCACCUUGCCUGGAACCCCGUCACCCCGCAGGAUGGGGCAAGGACAGGUCAUCUUCAAGCCAAGGGUAGAGCAGGUUCACUGCCACCUCCAACCCCCUUUUCCUGGAUCUUACAGCCAGGCUAGGGAACGUCGAACCCAGUGGGGCCUCAGAUCGUUCCUUGUCCGGAACAGAAUCUCUGCGGAACCGCCAGACAGACACAGAGCUACUGCUGCGGAUACUGGCUUCUUGGGGCCAAGGCCUCAACAUGCAGGAAUUUCCAGCACACGUUUUUGGAGAACAUCCCGACCUUUUCUCCUCCCCAGGAAGAUGCUGCAGACGUGCCCGCCAUCCCAGGUCUCGAAGAGCUCUUUAGGCAAACCUCGGGCACCCGGGCCACACCCACCGGCCGGCCCACUCUCCUCGCACAUCCCCCAACCUGCCGGCCUAAGGGGAAUGGUUCCCUUCCCUGACCACAUGGUAGCCCUUUCUCCCAUCCAGCCCUUUCUCCCACACCACCCCGACAGAAAAAUUCAUCCAUCCUCCCAGAACAGUACCCCGGCACACGGCACCUCUCACCUGAGUAUCGAACCCGUUUUCCACCGAGCCGCUCUUCCGCAGCGGGAGCCCCUCCCCCGCUGGCUCCUGCAGCCCCUGCAGCACCUGCGAUUUCAGGGGGAUCUGGCUAGGAUAGGUGGUCUUGCUCACCUCCACCUUGCUUCCCAACUUCAGGUAGCAGGGCUGGGGGCCGGCCCGGGCCGGGGGCACGUGCAGGAUGGGCGCGGCGCUGUGCACGGGUUUGGGCAGUCCCGACUUCAUUUUGGAGGCGACCAGGAUGGCCGGCAUCUUCUCCCGGGGCUUGGGCUUUCCCAGCACGUCCCUGGCAGCGGCGGCGGGGGCGACCGCUAAAGGCAGCGCGGGUAGCAGAGCAGGCGCCGGGCCUUAGCCCACGAGGCGCCCACCAGCAGCAACUAAAAAAAAAUCCCCAGGUCGGGGAACUCGAAGCAAUCGGGCGAGCGCGCCUUUGGGGUGCCGGGAUGGGAAUGGGGGACUGGCCACGGCGCUCAGCGGGUCCCACCUGGACGGAUGCUGCAGCCGGGUCUCACACCUCUCCUGGGUGGCCUUUCAAGAGCUCUGGGCGCUCAGGGGCUGCCGCCUCUUGCAAAUUUCCUCCUGGGAAACAGAGGCUUGGACGCCCAUAUUAACUUGUCACUGCAUCUCCGAAGUGAGGAGGCCCCUUUGGAAGAGACAGAGGCGGCGGCAACCCACGAGUCCCGCUCCGGAGGCUACGGGUCUGAGCCGGCGAGGGAAAGAGCUAGCAGCCAAGGAAGGAAAGGAGAGAGCAGCGAAGGAGAGAAGGGCGCACGGGUCCCAAGACGUCUCCACCGAGAGGCAGCUGCCGCCCAGCUCGCGAGCACCGCAGUGUCACCCGCGACGCAGCAGAGGCGCGGCGAGAGCCCCCGAAAGGUCUCUCUUGGCGUGACCGUCACCGCUGCCCAGAAGGCCCCCGGACUGAGAACACCUUAGCGCCUGCGGGUCUGCACAUGCUCCGUGAGCUAGAGCGCAGCAAGGCUGUGGCCGUGGGGCGCGGGCGCUGAGACGCGCGGCUGGCGCGCCGGGCAGGGCUGCGCUCGGGAGCUGCCGCCGCGCUUCCCGGGAAGGCUGCGCUGGCUGCGGGGCUCAGCGCAGGGGAGGACAGGCUGCGGCCGGCGCGGCUGCGGCGCGCGCUGACAGCCGGGGCCGCCCCGGCGCGCCCAUUGGUCCACGGUGCACCAAUCAGCGGCCGCGGCUCUCACUGCAAAGAGGGCGUGGCCUCAACUCUGGCAGCCGCCGAAACUCUGGGGCCGCGCUUGGCCGCGAGUACAAAGCCGGCUGGUGGCCGCUCUGCGGCACUGCUCCGGCCGCGCGCCUCCCGGGGGGCCCACACCCCCGCGUCCCUGAAACCCUUAUUUUGAAAAAUGCCCUUUCGAACGCAAUCGCCCGCCCCAGAGCCACGCGGGCACGGCUCGAGGGAAGUUUGUUUCCUUUUUCAAAUUGCUCCGGUCACCUUAACGGUUUGAGUCUUCCGGAGUCACGCCCGCAGCCUCGCUGCCCCCAUCUGGCUUGGGCAGGGCCGAAGCUCGUCUCCCGCGUUAAGAGCGCGCCAGCCAUUUCUCUGCCUGCUCUUCCAGGCGGGCCGGGCGGGGGGCCUCCCAACGGCUUCCUCUCCAGUUUUCAAAGGCUGCACAUUUCACUUAACUAUUUGAAGUAUUUAUAGGCAAAUACAAUACGCAGGGAAGCUUCCCGCCCCAAGACAGCUCCUCCACGCAACCUACCACAGACUCUGUAAUUAGAGUGGCCUGAGGAAGCCGGGAGAGGCUUCAUGACCCCGGCAGGCUCUGGCCAAACCUUGCUGCGUUUCAUGGAGCCCCUCCCUGUCCGCGCCUGGGACGCACUGGCCCCAACAGGUUCAUCGACUCGAAUUCGCUGUUUGGGUUGCUCUGUGGUUUCCUCGCUGACUCAAAGUGUAUGAGAGUAAGAAGGAAACUGAGAGAUGAUCAGGCAGGUCAGACUUCGCGAUUUAUGAAUGAGGAGCCUCCCAUCCCGUAGAACUGCUUGUAUUAGAAUUGAGCAAGUUCUUUAAGCUUACAUGCAUCCUUAUGAAGCUGUUUUCACAUGUAGUAAGGUGGAAGUUUGACUACAUUUACCUAAUGAGCUGUUGUUUGGAUUAAAUGAGAUGGUUGGUGCAUGACAGUCAUUUAGCACAAGUACCUGGCAAUGUAGGAGACCAAUAAAAGCUGGGUUUUAUUUUCCCUGUUGUUGAAUUACUGCUGCUUUCCCCCAAAGUCAUCUCUGUUAAUAAACUAUUUGUCUUUCUUCUUUGUUUCCAGGAUACAGGUUUUCACUUUGUGCCCGCCCUAUAGCCUAAUCUUCAGUGCUGCUAGCAUUGAUUUAGAAUAACUCAGACGCUAUUAACUGAAUAUGUCCCCCUGGAAUUCAUGUUAAACCCCUAAUUCCCCAUGUGAUGGUAUUAGGAGGUGGGGAACUUUAGGAGGUAAUAAGGUGAAGACAGUGGAGCUCUCAUGAUAGGAUUAGCACCCUUAUUAGAAGAGACAGGAGAGAGAUGCUUUCUUUCUGCCUUGUGAGGACACGGAAGGCAGUCUUCUGUGGACCAGUAAGAGGGCCCUUACCAAGAACCUGAUACCAUGUUGACAUCCUAGUCUCAGACUUCCAGCCUCUGGUACUGCAAGAAAUAAAUGUUUGUUGUUUAAGCCAUCCUGUUUAUGGCAUUUUGUUAUAGUGGCCCAAAGUAACAAAGAUCUCAGACCAGAGGAAACAUCAAAGUCUUAACCUCUGAAGCAUUAAGAAAUGAGAAGGCACCUUCUUAGCCAUUCUAGGUAGCAACUUUCUACUCUAGUUAGGCUGAAAUGUACAGUCCUGUCUAUGUCUGUUUCAGUUAUCUUCUCUCUCUCUGAAAUCAAGUCACACAUGAUCCAUGCUAUUAACACUUUGCCCUUUGCCAUCUGAUGCCACCUCCCUUACUGUUGUCUACCAUUAUUUAACUGUUAUUUAUUGUUUCAUGCAUUCGUUUUCUUCUUAGAGAAUAAACUUCUUGGAAUUAGGA